AUGAUUUCGCCAUUGAAACAAAUCAGCCCAAAUAAAAGCGCCAGGCUGCUCAGGUCGCUUCUCUCGGUAAGCCGGUACUCGACCGGAAACCUGAACUUUUUCAACCGCUCGACACUUCCUUCCAACACCAUCAUCAGGUUUGUUCCUCAGCAAACGGCCUGGAUUGUGGAGAGAAUGGGAAAGUUCAACAGAAUACUGAAGCCCGGUCUCGCAAUUCUGCUACCGUUCAUUGACAAAAUCCAGUAUGUGCAGUCGCUGAAAGAGGUUGCCAUUGAGGUGCCAUCUCAGAACGCUAUUACUGCAGACAAUGUGACCUUGGAAAUGGACGGAGUUCUGUACUACAAAGUGGUGGAUGCUUACAAGGCGUCCUACGGAGUCGAGGAUGCACACUACGCAAUUAUCCAGCUGGCCCAGACCACAAUGCGCUCGGAGAUCGGCCAGAUGGCGCUCGACCUUGUUCUGCGCGAAAGAACCAUGCUGAACGUCAACAUCACCACCUCCAUCAACGAGGCUGCCAAGGACUGGGGUAUCGAGGUGUUGAGAUACGAGAUCAGAGACAUCCGGCCUCCUGUCAACGUCAUCAACUCGAUGAACCAGGUGGUGGAGAAGGAAAGACAGAAGCGUGCCAACAUCUUGGAAUCCGAGGGUCUGAAGCUCAGUGAAAUCAACAUUAGUGAGGCCCACAAACAGACAGAGAUCCUGAAGUCCGAGGCCGAAAAAAGCAAGAAGAUCAACUGGGCCAAGGGUGAGUCUGAUGCCAUGUUGCUCAAGGCCAAGGCGACGGCCGAGUCUAUCAGACUGGUUGCCGACGCCAUUGCCAAUAGUCCGCACGGCAAGGAGGCCGUGUCGCUCAACAUUGCUGAGAAAUACGUGGAAGCUUUCGGCAAGCUGGCAAAGGAGACAAACACGGUUAUUUUACCUGCCAGCUUGGACAACCUGCCCAAACUGAUUGCUAGCGGUAUGAACAUCUACAACCAGCUGAACGACACCGAGUUGGCCCAAAAAGUGUUGACAGAGCCGCAGCCACCAGCACAGCACAAGGAGGAAAAGAAUCCAAAGAACAAUUAA